AUGAAGCGAAUGUGGGUGGCAGUAGCAGAAUGUACCCUGGAUGGCUCCAAUGAAGAGACUCAAGUGAAUGACUACUUCUUCUCCGAGAAUGAGGUAUUAAGAGAAAAGUGUGAAGCUGUGGAUCACAGUUCUCAGCAUGAGGAGAAUGAAGAAAAGGUGUCAUCCCAGAAGGAGAACUCGCUGGAGCAGAAAAAUGAAGAUAAAAACAAAGUAGCAGAGAAACCUGACAGGGAGGCGGAAAAGACCCCUGAAUUUGGAAGUGAGAGACAUCUGAAUGGGACAGACACAUCCUUCUCUCUGGAAGACUUAUUCCAGUUGCUUUCAUCACAGCCUGAAAAUUUACAAGAGGGCAUCUCUCUGGGAGAUAUUCCUCCUCUUCCAUGCAGUGUCAGUGACGGCAUGAAUUCUUUGGCACAUUAUAAUGUAAAUUUUAGCCAGGCUAUAAGUCACGAUGUAAAUCUUCAUGAGGCCAUGUUGCUAUGUCCCAACAAUACUUCUAGAAGAGAUUCAGCAGCAAGGACUUCACAGGCUCAAGAACCAUUUCUGCAGUUAAAUUCUUAUACCACCAAUCCUGAGCAAACCCUUCCUGGAACAAGUUUGACAGGAUUUCUUCCACCUGUUGACAAUCAAAUGAGGAAUCUAACAAGCCAAGAUUUAUUGUAUGACCUUGAUUUAAACAUAUUUGAUGAGAUAAACUUAUUAUCAUUGGCCACAGAAGAUUUUGAUCUAGUGGAAGUUUCUCAGCUUUUUGAAGAACCAGAUUCUGAUUCUGGCCUUUCUUUAAAUUCAAGUCACAAUAGCACUUCUGUCACCAAGUCCAGUUCUUCUCACUGUAUGUGUGAUGAAGAAGGUGCCAUAGGUUACAGUAGUGACCUUGACUCUUUUUCCCAUUAUGACUUAGAAGGGGCUGUAGGAGGCUACUACCCAGAACCCAGUAAGCUUCGUCACAUAGAUCAUAGGAGUGAUUCUGGAUUCCACGGGGAUCUUGCAUUUCACGUAUUUCAUAACCACACUUACCACUUACAGUCAAGUGCACCAGAAUCCACUUCUGAAUCUUUUUCAUGGCCUGAGAAGUCACAGAUGAAUAGGUACCUCGAUGACACAGAAAGAAAUUUGAGCCGUGAUGAACGGCGGGCCAAAGCUCUGCAUAUCCCUUUUUCAGUAGAUGAAAUUGUCCGCAUGCCUGUUGAUUCUUUCAACAACAUGUUAAGUAGGUACUAUCUGACAGACCUACAAGUCUCGCUCAUCCGUGAUAUUAGACGAAGAGGGAAAAAUAAAGUUGCUGCUCAGAAUUGUCGUAAACGCAAAUUAGAUAUAAUUUUGAACCUAGAAGAUGAUGUAAGCAACUUGCAAGCAAAGAAGGAAACCCUUAAGAAAGAGCGAGCCCAGUGUAACAAAGCUAUUAACAUAAUGAAACAGAAAUUGCAUGACCUUUAUCAUGAUGUUUUUAGUAGAUUAAGAGAUGACCAAGGUAGGCCAGUCAACCCAAACCAGUAUGCUCUUCAGUGCAACCAUGAUGGAAGUGUUUUGAUUGUACCCAAAGAGCUGGUCACCUCAGGCCACAAAAAGGAAACUCAAAAGGGAAAAAGAAAAAGUGAGAGAAGUUAAACAUGGACUCCUUUAUGUGGAAAGAGUAAUGUUCAGAAACUGGUUGUUUGGAUUACAGGUCAUUGAGAACUGCUUCAAGUGUUACAUCUUUAAGUACUGCUACUUGAAUCACUCAGUCAAGGCUACGUUUUGAAUCUUUAUAUGGACAAAUGUUUAGGACUGCAAGACCACACUUGUGUGAAAUUUGGGGAAGUCAGAACUUUUCAUGGAUUCCUCAUACUCCAUUGUAUACAAGACUCAUAAUUAUGUUCAAAAUAUAAGGUAACAUGAAAACCUGAUAGCACCUUGGCAGCCACUUUUUUUAGUAACAUGAUCACUUCAAAAAGAGCACCGGGGAUCCAAUUUUAAGGUGUAUUUGUUUUUUUACUUAAAAUAGAAAAUAGCCUUAUUUAGUUUGUUAGCACUGAAUAGCUUUUUCAAAGGCUUUUAAUCUUUGUAAUUUAUAAAUUUUUCUGUGAAAAUAAGUUUUGUAUUUGAAUUUAUUUAAAAAAUUAACUUCCCUUUUAUGCAGAAAUGCCAGUUUACCUAUUUUUCCUCCAAAAUAUCCACAUUCUGGAAUAUAAGUGAAUUGAAUACCUAGCAAAUAGGGCAGCAGCAGUUAUAAUUUUUAGACAAUUGGUCAGACUUAAGCCAAACAAGUCAGCAUAGUAUGCCAAACUAAUGCAGCCAAUCUUCCCUCAGACUUAACACAGAAGAUGGCCUAUGUGCCAAAAAAUAAGAGCUUUAAAAUAUUAAGAGUACUUUCACAACUUUAAUGCAAAGGGCCAAGAACCACAGCUGGUAUAGUUUAUGCCAGAGGUCUUCCUGUAACCAGACUGAAUGGACACACCUGCAUAGAGAAACACAACUUGCAUGUAUUGUGAAACCCAUGGAAUUCCUGACAGUGAUAAAGCCGGGCUGUAUGGUCUGUCUCACAUCCUGGGACACUGAACUUUCCAACCCACCAGAACAUUACAGCCAUACAAAGAAAAACCAACAGGGGGAAAAAAAUCGGGGGGCGAACACAGCAUUUCACAAAGAAAUGGGAAUGCGAAACUAUCUGAAAGUUACUUAAGUUUAAAAUAGGCAAAAUGAGAAACAAGGGCAAGACGAAAAAGAAAGAUUACUUUAUAAGUACUUUAAAUUAAACUCCAUGAAUUUAUUUGAACAGUAAACAAAAUUUUGAGGUUAGCAAAUGACCUCACCCCAACUGUCAUGUUUGGACAUUAGAUUUUAAUCUGUAUACUAGACAGGGCAUUGUGGCUUUUGCCUGUAAUUCCAACGUUUGGGGAAGCAGAGGUGAGAGGACUGACUGCUUGAGUGUGGGGGUCAAACCAGCCUGGGCAAUUUGGUGAGCCCUCAUCUCUACAAUGAGCCAAAAAAGUAGAUGGAUGUGAUGGCAAUGCACACCUGCAGUUCCAGCUACUUGGGAGGCUAAAGCAGAAGGAUCCUGAGUCCAGCAGGUCAAAAGCCAGUGGCCAUGAGCCCACCACUGCACUCCAGGCUGAAGACUGUCACCAAAAAAAAAAAAAGUGCAUCUUUCGAAAUUUUAGAUUGUUCUCGGAUAUUGUCUCUGCUAGAGGACCUCAUUGACUUAACACAGAACAUCAUGCUAUAAAAAGUAUUCUUGGGUUUCAGAAAUGCAGUUUUUAUAUAUAGUUUGGACUUUUAUAAUAAAAUUUUCCAUUUAAA